AUUGGCAGCAGAAGAAGCGAGUGUGAACCUAAUUAAAUCAGUGGUCGGAGGACCUAAAGAUACUUCCAAGAACAGUUUUAAGAUUGUGAUAUAUUUUGAAUAACCGACAGUCAAAUAAUCGAAGUUCAGUGAUGAAACACCCAAGAAACCACUUUAGAUCUCCAAAAUCUGCAACGAAUUUCAACAUCCACCGAAUCUUCGUCCUGACAUUACCCAAGUGAUUCUCAUAGUGAAAUCAAUGCGUGACCACCGCGAAAAUGACAAGUGCUUAUAAUAAUCGCUAUUGUUGUUGUUAUUAUUAUUUAACAAAACCGACACGAAGAGUGGAUCAACGUGAAUACCAUCACACCAGGAUAGAAGAAGCCUUGCCAGACUUCAUCGACAAUUCUCCCGGUCGCUCGGCGAAAUGUCCUUUGCGUGGAAUCAACUCUUUCUUCUGUUAAUGUUACUGGCGGCCGAUGUUAAGUGGAUGUUUUGUAUACCAGACGUUCGAGUCACAUGUCGCACAGUUCCUGGACUCAACAAGGACCAAUUGGAAUUGUGCUACAAAGCAAGUGAUGUGACGGUGGCGGCACUUGAAGGUCUGGAAUUAGCUGUAAAGGAGUGUCAAGUUCAGUUUCAGUGGCAUCGUUGGAACUGUUCAUCAUUAAGUACAAAGAGUAGAAAUCCUCACUCAUCAAAUUUGCUUAAGAAAGGAUAUCGGGAAAGUGCGUUUGCGUACGCCAUCUCAGCAGCCGGCGUGGCUCAUAGUGUGGCAAGGGCGUGUAGUCAAGGCCGUUUAAUAUCGUGUGGUUGUGAUCCGUCCGUAAAUCGGAAAACUCUGACCAAGUCAUUGCGACAGAGUCUCGAUAAGGAAAAGAAAAUGUUCUUGGAGUAUCUGGAGACGAAUAAUGUGUUAACACCGGAGGAAGAAAAAAAAUAUGAAAGAUCCAAGAUCACGAGUCGAUGGAAAUGGGGUGGCUGUUCGCAUAACAUGGAUUUCGGAAUUGAGUUCUCCACUUUGUUUCUGGAUUCGCGAGAGAAGGCUGGUGAUAUCCAAUCGAAAAUCAACCUCCACAAUAAUCAUGCCGGCAGAAUGGCAGUCUCCAACAAUAUGGAAAUUCGUUGCAAAUGCCAUGGCAUGUCCGGAAGUUGUCAAUUGAAAACCUGUUGGAAAUCAGCGCCAGAUUUUCGUGUUGUUGGAAAAGUUCUAAAGCAUCAAUUUCGUCGAGCGAUUCUUGUGGACCAGUCCAACUUAGCUAAUGGUGAUCCGUUGGUUGUGCUGAAACGCAACAAGAAGAAAAAGAAAACGAACAGUUCGAACGAUCGACCGGCCCGGAAAACCGCUGUAGAUAAAACCGGGAUUAGAUUAAUUCGAAAAUUAGAGACUGCUUUAUUCUACUACCAAAGAUCGCCGAAUUUUUGCGAGAAGGAUCCUUCUGCUGAUAUUCAAGGUACAGUUGGGCGAAAAUGCAAUCGAACAAGCACCGGGACCGAUGGUUGUGCAUCUUUAUGUUGCGGCCGAGGAUACAAUCUCGUCAAAGACAUCCGUUUUGAACGAUGUCACUGUAAAUUUUAUUGGUGUUGUUAUGUUCAGUGUCAAGAGUGCAGGGUGGAGGAGUGGAUUAGUGUUUGCAACUAAUUGAAGUGAAUUGAACCCCCGAAAGUAUUGUGUAUGUAAUUGAUCGGAGGACACCCCCUUCUGUGUGGAGUUGAUGUAAAAAUGUAUGAGAAAAAAAUAUAAUGGAUUUGAAUCGAGGAAGAUUUAGAAAGGACAUCACUCAUUUAAACAUAUCUAGCGUAAAUUUUUUAAUGUGAACAUAUAGAUAAAAU